AUGUGUUCCAGAGUUCUAUGCAUUGCGUCUCUCAUGGUUGUAUUAUUCCAAUACGCCCAAUGCCAUGGACCUGCCUUUUCUUCUCAGCAUUUCCUGAAGCACGACGGUCAUCCUGAAAUAGUACAUGUUCAUGGUCAUCACGGUCACGGUCACGUCGAUUACCAUAUAGUUAUACUCACAUUGACUGAUUGCAGAUUCCACGCGGACGUUAAAUUUGGGACCCAUCACAUCAUUCCUCAUCAUCACCACUAA